GUACAUACAUGAAAAACACCUCAAGGCCUUGGUUGGAGAGGGACCUGUUCGAGGAUGAGGUCGAGAACCUACGGCAGGCGGAGGUCCUCCUUACAGACACCCGGACGCUGUUGAAAAUGAUGGACCAAGCGCCCAAACUUCGCUUCGUUCAGAUCCUGUCAACUGGCGCGGAUGUCCUCACUUCAAAGCUAAAGGGGCGACCCCCACACUUCGUCGUGAGCCGCAACACUGGCACCGGAGUGGCACUGCUGAUGGCCGAGUACGUCGUGGGUGCCGCCAUCUGCUGGGAGCGAGGUUUCCUUGAGGCCAGAGAGAACCAGCUGAAGAAGGUGUACGACAGAGGACCAAGAUUCGCUUUGUACCGCAGCAUCAGGGACCUCACGUUUGGCAUCCUCGGCAUAGGGAGCAUGGGUCUGGAAGUGGCUCGAGUUCUGAAAUCUUUCCAGUGUACAGUCCACGGUUUCAGCAGAACGCCUCAGGGAGAAAGCGCGAGGUCUCCUUAUAUAGACGUUUACUGGAGCACUGGGCAGAUGGAGUCCUUCUUGGCCGAGUGUGACUACGUGAUCGGCGUCCUUCCUUCAACACCUACGACUAAGGGUCUACUAGGAGGAGAUGUCCUGAAAGCCGCUAAAAAGUGUCCCGUGCUGCUGAACGCCGGUCGCGGAGACCUCAUCAGCGAGAAAGACUUACUGAACGCCCUCGAUGCCGGCUGGAUCUCGGGGACCAUCCUUGACGUGUUCGAGACCGAGCCACUGCCCGAGGAGAGUCUUCUGUGGACUCAUCCCAAGGUCUUCCUCACUCCACACGUGUCAGCUUAUGGCUCCUGGAAGAAUCGCGUGGAAUCUACUCUGGACUGCUUCGUUGAGAAUUACAGGAGACUUCAGAAAGGAGAGCCGUUGCUUGGGGUUGUUGACUGGAGCGCAGGGUACUAGGUGACACCCUCUCCCUCCUCUUAAUUCCUUCCUUUCUAUCCCUCCUACUCUCUCUCUCUCUCUCUCUCUCUCUCUCUCUCU